GUGUAAUUAUGCUUGCUUCGAUCAAAAUACAAUAAAGUUUGUGGAUGCUGCAACAUCAAGAAUGAUUUUAGUGGGCCUGCACGUGACUGAAAUGGACUUUAAUACGGCAUGGGCGAAUCGAGUCUAUUGUAGUGCCAAAGGACCAGUGUUUCCAGAGGAACCGGGAAAAGCUAAAAGUAAACAGCAAUCGAAUAAAAAAUCAGAGGUGUGUGAAAACCCAGUGUGUUCUGCAGACAGACAGUCAGAGUGUCCUGAGGAAUCAAGUGAAAAUGAAAGUAAAAAACGAACAGAUGCUGAAUCAGAAGUAUUUGAAAACAGAGACUACUUGACAGCUAGAGGACCAGUCUGUCCUAGCACAUCAGAUGAAAGCGAAGAAAAAACAUCUGCAGAAUCAAAGAUGUUUGAAAACAGAGACUAUUUGACAGUCAGAGGACCAGUCUGUCCUGACACAUCUGAUAAAAGUGAAGAAUCAAGUUAUGCAGAAUCAAAGGUAUUUGAAAACAGAGACUACUUCAGAGACUACUUGAUAGUUAAAGGUCCAGUCUGUCCUGAUGUAUCAGAUGAAACUGAAGACCAAACAAAGGCAGAGUCAAAGGUGUUUCAAAACAGAGACUACUUGAUAGUCAAAGGACCUGUCAGUCCAGACACAUGGGAUGAAAAUGAAGAGCAAAUGGAUUCAGAAUCAGAGGUAUUUGAAAACAGAGACUACUUCAGAGACUACUUGAUAGUUAAAGGUCCAGUCUGUCCUGACAUAUCAGAUGAAACUGAAGACCAAACAAAGGCAGAAUCAAAGAGAUUACAUGGACUGCUUGAUAGUCAGAGGGCCAGUCUGUCCAGACAUAUCAGAUGAAAGUGAAGAACAAACUAAUGCAGAAUCAGAGGUGUUUGAAAACAGAGACUACAGAGACUACUUGAUAGUCAGAGGGCCAGUCUCUCCUGAUUUACCAG